AUGGAGACGACACUGCCUUUUCCUUUCCUUAUCAGCGUGGCCGUCCCGCCCGGUCUAGCAAACCUGGACGGCCUCGACCGCGAACAAGUCUCGGUGCUCGGAGCCCCUUUCUUCGAGGCCAAUGACCAGACCCUGGAAAAGUUCCACCGCUUCCUGAAGCAGCACAACGCAGAGUUCCGCGGUUACUUUGACGUCACCGGCAUCACCUCGAGAGACGACGUUGUCUCUCUCCUCGAUGCCGGAGCCCGCAUGGUCUUUGUCGCCCCGGAGAACCUCUCUCAGUAUGAGGAGUUCGGAUCCAGGGUGGGCUCCGUCCUCAAGACCGCCGACGUCUCUACUUCGGCCGCCUCCAAGCACGCCGUCCUCGUCAAGGACUUUGAUUCGACAGUGUGCGACCUCGGCGCCUUCAUUGAGCGCUGCAAAGUGGAAAAGCUGCCCAACCUUUUCCUUAAGCCGGUUCCGGAGACUACCCUGGAGCACUUUGUCGACAUUGCCAAGCAGUGCAAUGCCAUCCCCGUCUUGCCUUCAGACGGCCUGACUGCUGCCAAGGAGGACGCGAAGAAGCUUUCUCUCUCCAAGCUGAUUUCUUCAUUCUGGAAGUCGGAUAGGCCUGAUGGUCUGAUCCCAACCGUUGUGUGCGAUGAAUCGGGCACCGCCCUGGGACUUGCUUACAGCAGCGCCGAGAGCGUUGGCGAGGCCGUUCGCACACGAACCGGCAUCUACCAGAGCCGCAAGCGUGGUCUCUGGGUGAAGGGCGCUACGUCUGGGGAUACUCAGGAGCUGGUCCGCAUUGGCCUCGACUGCGACAACGAUACCCUCAAGUUUGUUGUUAAGCAAACCGGCCGUUUCUGCCACCUGGACCAGCACGGCUGCUUUGGCGACCUCAGCGGCAUCCCCCGUCUUGAGCAGACUCUUCAGUCUCGCAAGCAGUCUGCUCCUGCGGGAUCUUACACCGCUCGUCUGUUCUCGGAUGAGAAGCUCCUGCGCGCCAAGAUUAUGGAAGAAGCAGAGGAGCUCUGCGAUGCCAAGACCAAGGAGGAAGUAGCCUUCGAGGCCGCGGACCUGAUCUACUUUGCCCUCACCAAGGCUGUCAGCGCCGGCGUUAGCUUGGCUGACAUUGAGAGGAAUCUCGACGCCAAGGCAUUCAAGGUCAAGAGGAGGACGGGUAACGCCAAGGGCAAGUGGGCGGAGAAGGAGGGCAUCCAGACUACUCCUGCUUCCGCCGCAGCACCAGCACCAGCCCCGACACCUGCUGCCAAGGAGAAGUCAGAGGAGAGGAUAACCAUGCGCAGAUACGACCUCUCCAAGUCUUCAGCCUCUGAGAUUGAUGAGGUCCUGAAGCGCCCAUCGCAGAAGUCUCCUGACGCCAUCCUGAACAUCGUCAGGCCCAUCAUCGACGAGGUCCGCAAGGGAGGUGACAAGGCAGUCUUGUCUUACACCCACAGGUUUGAGAAGGCUACGUGUCUGACCUCACCCGUUCUUAAGGCACCUUUCCCCAAGGAGGCCAUGCAGCUGUCCCCUGAGUCUAUCAAGGCCAUCGACAUUUCUUUUGAAAACAUCCGCAAGUUCCACGCCGCCCAGAAGGAGGACAAGCCCCUGAAGGUCGAGACGAUGCCUGGCGUUGUUUGCAGCCGCUUCUCAAGACCAAUUGAGAGAGUCGGUCUGUACGUUCCUGGUGGCACUGCCGUCCUGCCCAGCACCGCGCUGAUGCUGGGUGUUCCCGCCAUGGUCGCCGGCUGCCAGAAGAUCGUCUUCGCCUCUCCGCCGCGCGCCGACGGUAGCCUCACCCCCGAGAUCGUCUACGUCGCCCACAAGGUCGGUGCUGAGAGCAUCGUCCUUGCUGGCGGUGCCCAGGCCGUUGCUGCCAUGGCCUAUGGCACCGAGAGCUGCACCAAGGUCGACAAGAUUCUCGGACCCGGAAACCAGUUUGUCACUGCUGCCAAGAUGUUCGUCAGCAACGACACCAAUGCCGGUGUGAGCAUCGACAUGCCCGCUGGCCCCUCCGAGGUUCUUGUUAUCGCCGACAAGGAUGCCAACCCCGCCUUUGUUGCCUCCGAUCUGCUCUCCCAGGCAGAGCACGGUGUUGACAGCCAAGUCGUGCUCAUCGCCAUUGACCUGAAUGGGGAGCAGUUGCAGGCCAUUGAGGACGAGCUUCACAACCAGGCCAUGGCUCUGCCCCGUGUCGACAUUGUCCGCGGAUCCAUCGCCCACUCCGUUACGAUCCAGGUCAAGACGGUGGACGAGGCCAUGCGCAUCAGCAACGACUACGCUCCCGAGCACUUGAUUCUCCAACUGAAGGACGCUGAGAAGGUGACCGAGCAGGUCAUGAACGCCGGCAGUGUCUUCAUCGGCGAGUGGACACCUGAGAGUGUGGGCGACUACUCCGCCGGUGUCAACCACUCUCUGCCCACAUACGGAUACGCCAAGCAGUACUCUGGAGUCAACCUUGCCUCCUUCGUCAAGCACAUUACCAGCUCCAAUCUGACGGCCGAGGGUCUGCGCAACGUCGGCGAUGCUGUUAUGCAACUAGCCAAGACGGAGACCUUGGAGGCUCACCGCAGAGCUGUUGAGAUCCGCAUUGAGCACAUGAACUGCCAGUAA